GGCGUCGCAGAGUUUCAACAAUCCUUGCACAAUUUGCUCGUGUCAACGACUCGUGUGCUAUAUUGUUUCCACCGCCAUGAGAGCCAGAUGGACCCGAUCUGGACACGAUGUGCUUGAUCCUGCUCUCGUUGAUGCUGAUAGACUGAAUACUUGGGCAUAUACAAGGCAUACCUGGGCAUAUUUGGCAGGGCAAAGCGCUGUCUUCGUGGCGCGAGGAUCCCCGGCGCACAAUCGUCGUCCUCAACGCAGUCGUCGUACUCGUGGCUGGUUCGACACCAGGAAUAGUUGUAUGGUAUCUUUACAGCAUCCCCGGACGUUCUUGGUCCGACUCAGAAUGAAAUUUCAUAGGCGUGCCUCACACAGAAUCCCGAGCAACCACUAUAUCAUGGCUAUCUGUGCGCGGGUUCUCCUGUGCCUCGACUCGCCUUCGGCGGCCUCAGGAGCCCAGUCUACUCAAUAUCCAACACAAGACUGCAGCCCCGUAUGCAGUCCCGCACAACUCCCUCAACCUCCGCGGUCAGUGUCCUCCAGGGACAUGGUGUUCCAACACAUGCAUGCUUGUUUUCCAUUUCUCGGAUCCUUGUACGAAUCAAAGCAUUCAAACGCGGGUUUACGACAGCAAACGGUCUCACCUCCUGAGUCUCCCGAGUCGCUAUCAUCCUCUUUCGUGCUCUGCGGUACCCAGUCUUUGGCAUCCCACCCGCAUGACCCCAUCCUCGUCCACGUCCGGUGUCAUCAAGGGCCAGAAAGCUCGAUCCUUUCUGCCCAGGCAAUCCGCGCUCUCCCUCUUCACUCUGCGAGCUUCGGAUCGAGGCACGCACACGCGUGCCUUCACGACAGCCUACCGACAUUCCUCCAGGAAGGUCGGAGCUUCAAGUUCGGAGUCGGGGAUAAGUAGGGCGCGGUUUCCGGUCCUUUUGCUUUUGUCUCUUGCUUGCUAGGACGACUCAUGGGACUCUGAGGGCUAUCGCUCCCCCUCUCUCUUUCUCGCUUUCCUUCCCCCACACUCGACUCAUGGUGUCAUCGCCAACCUGCUCGUGCACGGCGAGUCUUGCAUCAUUCAAAGGUUUGCCUCAC